CUGCUCUCUCCUCCCGCGCUUAAAGAGACGACAAACCAGGCAGACCAGUCCAGACCAGAAAUGGCCCACCACCGGACCGGGACGACACUGGAGAAAAAUGACGAGGUCCAUUCAUCGGAUUUGGAGUCGUCUCCAGAUCACGGGUGCAAUAUCCAGAAGAGACAUGUACGUGUCACCGUGAAGUACAACAGGAAGGAGCUGCAGAGGCGGCUGGACGUGGAGAAGUGGAUCGAGGAGAGCCUGGACCGGCUCUAUUCGGGUCAGGAGGCUGACAUGCCAGAGGAGGUGAACAUUGAUGACUUGAUUGACCUGCCUAACGUUGACCAGAGGGUCAAAAAGUUACAGGAGCUUCUUCGAAAGUGCAGUAAAAACACAGAGGACUUCAUCAGACAGCUGGUGGAGAAGCUGGAGGGAGUUCCCAAGCAGGACGAGCUGCAGAGCGAAGGCAUUGAGCAUCCUGUCAUCUGUCACAGCCACUACCGCCACGAGCCCUACCACUUCAACAACCCACAGCACCACCUCCACCACACUCGAGACCAUAACCAGGCCCUCUGACAGCC